GACACAAACCCAGACGACCGUGCUCCUGAACUAACUGGGCUGUUUCUGCAUAAACCAGAAAAUAUAAACAUAGAAGCCGGAAAAGAUAUCCUUCUAAGUGCGAGUGUUGAUGCCAGCCAGCUGAUUGCGAAGCCAACAAUAAAGUGGUUUAAGGGCAAAUGGCUCGAACUGGGAAGCAAAAGUGGAACCCGUUUCCAAUUUAAAGAAAAUGUUGAGAAGGAGAAGAAGAUAUAUCAUUUUGAGCUCAAGAUCCUCAAGGCAAUUACAGCAGAUGCUGGUGGUUACAGAUGUGAAGUGGUUUCCAAGGAUAAAUGUGACAGCUGCUCCUUCAAUAUUGAUGUGGAAGCUGCUUCAUCAGAAGAUGUUAGUGUUUUAGAAUCUUUCAAGAGGACAGGUGAACAAAAGGAUGAAAAUGCUGGUGAGCUCGACUUCAGUGCAUUACUCAAGAAGAGGGAAGAGAAGAAAAAAAAGAAGAGGAACCAGAGGGAAUUCCUCCAGAUGUCUGGGAAAUAUUGAAGAAAGCCAAACCAAGCGAAUAUGAAAAAAUUUGCUUUCAGUAUGGUGUGACUGACUUAAGAGGCAUGCUGAAGCGUCUGAAGAAAGUAAAAGUUGAAAUUAAAAAAAGUGCAGCAUUUACAAAGAAACUGGAUCCUUGCUACUCAGUGGACAAAGGCCAAAGGAUCAAAAUGUUUGUGGAGGUUGAAAACCCUGAUACUGUAGUGAAAUGGUUUAGGAACGGUCAAGAGAUCAAGCCUAGUGCAAAAUUUGUGUUUGAGAAUGUUGGCCUAAAGAGGGUACUGACCAUUAACAAAUGUACUCUGGCAGAUGAUGCUACCUAUGAAUGCAUCAUUGGAGAUGAGAAAUGUUACACCGAGCUUUUUGUCAAAGAGCCUCCUGUAACAAUCAUAAAACCACUUGAAGAUCAGCAAGUAUUUGUGGGAGACAAAGUAGAGAUGGAAGUGGAAGUGUCAGAAGAGGGAGCCCAAGUUAUGUGGAUGAAAGAUGGAGUAGAGUUAACUCGUGAAGAGACCUUCAAAUAUCGAUUCAAGAAGACUGAAAAAAAACACAUUCUAAUUAUCAAUGAAUCUACAAAAGAAGAUAGUGGCCGAUAUCAAGUGAUGACCAAUGGAGGAAAGUGUGAAGCUGACCUUAUAGUUGAAGAGAAGCAGCUGGAAGUCAUACAAGACAUCGCUGACCUGACUGUAAAAGCAACAGAUCAAGCUAUCUUCAAAUGUGAGGUGUCUGAUGAAAAGGUCACUGGCAAGUGGUUUAGGAAUGGAGUGGAAAUCAGACCAAGCAAGCGUAUCACUAUGACUCAUAAGGGCAGAAUCCACAAGUUGGUGAUCGAUGAUGUUGUCCGACCAGAAGAUGAGGCUGACUACACAUUUGUCCCUGAUGGAUUUGCUUUGACUCUCUCUGCCAAGCUCAACUUCCUUGAGAUCAAAAUUGAAUAUGUUCCUCGCCAAGAACCCCCCAAGAUCCACCUUGAUUGUUCUGGAGGUGAACAUGUCAACACUAUCAUUGUUGUGGCUGGAAACAAACUUCGCUUUGAUGUCCCAAUCACUGGAGAGCCUGCACCAACGGUUGCAUGGUUCAAAGUAGACAAGGAGAUAAAAGAUACUGAAGGAAGGGUUCAUGUAGAACUUAGAACAGAAUUAAGCAGUUUAGUAAUUGAAAGUGCAGAACGAUCCGAUGAAAGCACAUACAAUAUUGUGGUAACCAAUCCAGUUGGUGAAGAUAAGGCCACCUUGAUUGUCAAAGUUGUUGAUGUCCCAGACCCACCAGAGAAUGUUCGCAUCACCAGUGUCGGUGAGGACUGGGCAAGUGUUAUUUGGGACCCACCAAAAUAUGAUGGUGGAAAAGAGGUGACAGGCUACCUUAUUGAAAGGAAAAAGAAGGGCAGUCAAAGGUGGAUGAAGAUGAAUUUUGAAGUCUUCACUGAUACUUCAUAUCAAUCAACAAAGAUGAUUGAAGGCAUCAUGUAUGAAAUUCGAGUCUUUGCAGUCAAUGCCAUUGGCAUUUCCCAACAGGCUAACACGUCCAAGCCAUUUAUGCCAAUCGCUCCUACUAGUGAACCUCUACAUUUGACGGUUGAAGACGUGACAGACACCACCUGCACUUUGAAAUGGAGACCACCAGAUCGUAUUGGAGCUGGAGGAAUUGAUGGUUAUCUAAUUGAGUAUCGUAAAGAAGGAUCUACUGAAUGGAUAACUUCCAACCAAGAGCUGGUAGAAAGAUGUGGAUACACUGUGAAGGAUCUUCCAACUGCAGAAAAGGUUGAAUUCCGUGUCGUUGCAGUGAACAUUGCUGGAAAGAGUGAACCAGCGUUAAUGUCUCAGCCUGUCACUAUUCGGGAGAUUGUGCAACAACCAAAGAUUCGCUUACCUCGCCAUCUCAGGCAGACAUAUGUCAGAAAAGUUGGGGAGCAAGUCAAUCUAGUUAUUCCGUUCCAGGGAAAACCAAGGCCAAUGGUUACGUGGUCAAAAGAAGGCCAACCCUUGGACCCAAAGCAAAUCAGUGUAAGAACUACUGAAAUAGACACUAUCCUGUUUAUCCGAUCUGCUGAAAGAAGUCACUCUGGAAAAUAUAGUCUCACUGUGCAGAUUGAAAACAUGCAAGACACUGCAAUAAUAAACAUUCGUAUUGUAGAGAAGCCUGGGCCUCCACAAGUUGUGACUGUCAAAGAGGUUUGGGGUUUCAAUGCCCUGGUGGAAUGGCAGCCACCAAAGGACAAUGGAAAUUCAGAAAUCACAGGCUACACUAUACAAAAGGCUGACAAGAAGACAAAGGAAUGGUUCACAGUAUAUGAGCACAAUCGUCAGCCACGAUGUACAGUGUCUGACCUCAUCAUGGGAAAUGAAUAUUACUUCAGAGUGUUCAGUGAAAACAUAGUUGGCCUUAGUGAGAACCCAGGAGUCACCAAGAACACAGCCAUCAUCCAAAAAAACAGCCUGAUCUAUAAGCCAACAGACUAUAAAGAACAAGAUGUCAGCAUGGCUCCGAAGUUCCUUACACCUCUUAUAGACCGCUGCGUAGUGGCUGGAUACAGUACAGCACUGAAUUGUGCAGUUAGAGGUCAUCCAAAGCCUAGAGUGAUCUGGAUGAAAAAUAAAAUGGAAAUUAGAGAUGAUCCUAAAUUCCUAAUGAAACAUAAUCAAGGAGUUCUGACACUGAACAUCCGCAAACCAAGCCCAUUUGAUGGGGGAACCUACACCUGCAAGGCCAUUAAUGAUCUGGGAGAAGCUCAAGUAGACUGCAGAUUGGAAGUUAGAGGUAUUAGAGUGUGUUUCAGCAUGAUUCUUAUUUUCUGGUAG